AUGCUGCUACGGGCAUUUUUGAUCGUCUUACUUGCAACUUUGGCCGCCUGUGCUCAGGACGACCCAUCCCUACAUGUCGCUCCCAGACCCCCGACCCCUGAUGCUCGAAGUGCAGCCAUGGAAAACUUUGGGAGGCCCUCGAGUCCGCUAGGAGCAUUCAACCAUUCCAUCCCCCUCUACGCUACUUCACACGGCAAACACUACAUGGUGGACAUUCAGCUAGGGUACGACAGCAACUCGAGCACGGCCCAGACCGCUCGUCUCAUUGUAGACACGGGAUCAGGUGACAUCGUCAUCUUCGGCAGUGUGGAGUGCAGCAAGGACAGUAGCGAGUACAACCAUGCGAUCGGGGGGCUUUCUUGCUACAACUACCAAAAAUCCAAGUCCUUCAAGUUCAACGUGGAGGGGCUGGGGCAGCGAGUCAACCACGAGUGUCAGUAUGACCAGCCCGGUCACCCGGGGGCCUACUGCAAGGAGGCGCUGCUGAUAGACGGGUACAAGGCAGAGGCGAUGUGUGAGCUUGCGUGGGAAGACGUUCAGCUGAAGGAUCUAUCCUCCUCGAGCUCCUCAGGUUUUCUCCCCAUCAGGACCGACAUCUGCAUCGUCAACGACACGUCCACGGACCUCUACAAGCUCCGCUACUGGAACAACACUCAGGGCACGCUCGGCCUCUUCUAUCACGUCUGCGACCCCGGGCAGGGAGAGUCCAAGUGCGAGACUCCCUUCCCUCCUCUUCUCAGCUCCUGGCCGAGCUGGAUGCCCCGAAUCUUCUCGUUGGACCUCAACGACCCUAAGGAGGACAGCUGGAUGCACCUGGGUGCCCCAGCAGGAGGGUGGGGGGACCUGCAGUGGAGCGAGACGCAGCCGAUCGCGAUCCUCUCCUCCUCCUCCUACAACCUCCGCUACGCCUUCCACUCCCUCGAGAUCUUCCACCUCCAGCUCUGUGGGGUCGACCUCUUCGACAACAUCAGCUCCCACUGGACCGCCAUGGUCGACACCGGCGCCGCCUGCCUCUCCCUCCCCCAGGAGCUGUUCGACAUGGUCGUCAGCUGGACCCCGGCUCUCAAUUGUGGCCCCGAGCUCGUCCCCAGGUUCGACUUCACCGACUGCGCAAACUCGGCAUGCACGGAGUCGAAGAACCUGACCAUCUGCUACCUGCGGGAGGGGAUGAAGGAGGAGGAUUUACCUGUCCUCUCUUUCAGGAUGAGCGAGGACGGCCCUCUCCUCUUCCUCCCGCUGGCCUCGCUUAUGAUCAACGAUCGACCUAGCGGGAAGCCGAGGGUCUGUCUCAACCCGGCCGACUCGAUCGCCAUGUACCGCACAGAGCAGAUCAAAGAUCUCCUCUACUUCCCUAAGAUUUCGUUUGGCACGCUAGCUCUUAGAAAUCUCUUUACUUCAUUUGACAUGAGAGCGAUGUCGGUUGGGAUGAAGAACAAAAUGACCUUCGACUCCACUACCUAUGCUGAGAUAGGUGUCUGCUCGAAGCCAGUGACGUGUCGAGGAGCGCAGACCUUCUAUGCUCCCAUGAAUACUUGCGUCGAUCCUGACUGCGAGCAAUUCUACUUCCACGAGCUGGAUCAGGACACGAAGACAUGUCGUCUCAACAACUCCUUCCUCAUCAGCUGUAUCGUCGUCCUCCUCUCCUUCACCAUGGCUGAGGUCGCCCUGAGCGAGAUCUACGAGACGCUCUCUCGCAAGCUCAUGCGCAACUAUGCCUCCUCCAUGUAG